CACAUAAUUCCCCCGGUGUUUUCAGAGGGAACCAUUUGCAGGGCGGCUCAUCACAUCUGGAGGAGGGGGCUAUCCACAGCAUCAGGAGACCCGACCAUCAAUUAUCUUCGCAUAGCCUGUGUGUCGUUCAUCAAUGGGAAAUUACACCUGACAGUUUUUUCUCAUGUGCGAUUCUCAGUUCCGCUCCGGAUUUUAACGUCUCUCGAUAACAACGGAAGAAGUUGUGCGCCCACAUGGGCAAUGUUCUGGCUUUGUCUUCCAGUCCGGGCCGUCAGAACUGGCCUUUCUCCACCGACCCACCUCCUUCUCACUGGAACGCACAUCCUGCUCACUGGGACAGUCCGCCCCGCUGGGAGAGGAGAGAUGGCCGCCUGCCCAACCCAGGCAGCUUCCACUCUCUCCACAGGAGCUGCAAAGAUGUGUUUCCUCAACAGAUUGAGGGAGUCAAGAUGAUCCUCAAUAAAACUCUGAGCAGCUUCUUCAAGCUCAGUCAUACUCUCCACCUCAGUGCUGUCAGUCCUUCAUACUAUCGUUUCCACGUAGAGCAUCUGCAGUCUGAUGAUUACUGCAAGGACAAGGAUGCACCAGCGCUGAUCGGUGAGAUGGAUUCUUCAGGCAGUCUGAAUGCUCACGCUCUGCUGCAUCUCACGGAGCGAGUACGAGCCAGAACAGUGUUCCAGACCCAGCAGUCCCAGUUUGUAACGUGGCAGUUUGAAACCGAGUACAGAGGGAACGACUUCACUGCUGCUGUGACAGUCGCCAAUCCUGACAUCCCCAGAGAGUCAAUUAUCCUUGUGGCACACUUCCUUCAGAGUGUGUCUUCUGGGCUGGUUUUGGGAGGGGAGCUGGUUUACCAUCGGGGCCGAUCGGAGGAAGGAGGAAUUCUUACUCUGGCUGGACAGUACACAAGACCCAACUGGGUGGCGACGCUGAAUGCUGGGAAAGGAGGCGCCCAUGCUAGCUACUACCAUCGAGCCAACAAGCAGAUCCAGGUGGGGGUGGAGUUUGAGGCCAGUACCAGGACACAGGAGACCACCACUUCAUUUGGGUACCAGAUGGAGCUCCCAGAGGCCAACAUGGUCUUUCGAGGUAUGAUAAACAGUCGGUGCAUAAUAGGAGGCGUGUUGGAGAAGCGGUUGACCCCGCUCCCUGCCACCCUGAUUAUGGGCGCCUUUGUAAAUCACCGCGGUGACAAGCUGCAAGUCGGCCUGGGCGUCAACGUGGGAUAACGGUCCACUGACGUCUGCCGGACUGACGGCUCCAUCAAUCCAGAGACCCGUUCCAGAGGCAUCGCACUGGCUGCAGCUCCCAGGGUAAAACACUUGAAACACCUGAGUAUCGUGGAUCGUUUUUGGGUGUCGGAGCUGCACCUCUCUAAGUGGAGGAGAUGUUGUCUGAUUGGACUAAACGGAUGUGUUUCUGUCCUCUGGAAACCCAAACGGACACUGAGAGGGAUCAGCGGCGUCCUGUAAACUGAAAACAACUCCACGGUUUUAUACUGUAAGUAGUCGUAAAGAAAUGUAAUUAAUAUAGAUUAUAUUGAAAGAGAACUGUCUUUCUCAUGUCUUACCCCAUUAACCAUAACUUUUGUGCACCUGACCUUUCUGCUGACCAUUUUCUAAAGAAAGAAAAUGUACUUGUAGAAACAGGAAACCUAUUUAGGAUCCUAAAUACCAAUGAGCAAAUUCACCUUUUAUUCUUUCCCCAUUUCCCCCACUUUUAAAUUGUUUUUUUUUAACAACUAAUGCAGAAUUGGUCGGCAGAAAUGUAAAAUUGGUAAAAAAAUCCUCCUCAAAUGCCAGAGGGAUCUUUAAAACGAUGUGUAUGAUGAAGUUGUGUGUGCACAUGUGAGUGUGAGACGCCACACAUGAACAAACCGCCGGUUGAUUGCAAGAGAAAAGAUUCUGCUCCAUAUUCCAGGCAUUCCCGUGUCUGAGCACUGCCUCUGUACUGUAUGUGUAUUGAUGAAUUUCAUUGAUCUGUAUGCAACCUGCACUACUCGCGCUGCUUCUGGGUAUUUCCAGUCCCGUUUAACUUAUGAAAUGUUGCUUAAAUAUUAUUUAUACAUUACUUAAUGUAAGCAUAGGAAAAAAAAGUGGAAGGGAGUAAUUGUCAUUUUUUAGACUUUAAUUUAUUAAAGAUGUUAUUUAUAUCAUA